AUGACGGGAAGCAGCAUUGGAAAGCGGGGGUUGGCGCAGAUGUUCGCGAAGGCUGGAUUUUACAGUGCCUCCCAAGAGGUGGUUGAGAUGAUCACUUCAGAGAACAAGGUGACCGGGAACACGAGCAAGGAGCCACAGCGAGGAAACCCCCGCCAGGCUGGCACAGCAGUUGCAUUUGCAGCUGGCCACGCUGCCGAAUUAACCUGGGCAGCUGGGAGUGGAUCCGGAGGCGGAAAGCUGUUCCGAUGGGUCCUUAAGCCUCUAUCGCUUUUGUUGAUGCUUUGCGGUCGAGAAACACAUGGAUAA